AAUAGUAAUCAUUAUUUAAAAGUUAAAAAAACAAGAGUAGUCAAACUUCUUGCCACCGAUGUUUUCGGAGUCAGCUCCAUAAUUGGAGUUAAAAACAGAAACAAACUUACACAAGGAAAAGACUGGAACACACAAUUCUUGUGCGUGUGUGUCCAAUAUCACGGCUGAUUUAAAAAGUGGCUUCCAGCCAUUAAAAUUGGUCGUAAAGCUGCUCUUGUUAUUUAAAAACAACUGGCAUUCACCUACUUGUAUUCAGUCAGCGCCCAAUCUUUGCACCACUACCUUCUGUUUUUUUGUUUUUUCUUUUUAUUUUUUCCAAGUUUUCUCCGAAACUUAUCCACUAUGUCCUUCUCUUCUAUGAAUCGGUGGAUUAAAGUUAUUCUCGUGUUCUCGAUUAUUACCGAUUUGGCCAUUUCGCCAAGCGGAGCCAAUAGCAUUGCACCGGUAACCAAACAGCCGUUUAACGAACGAAAUUGCAAGAAACCCCAAUCACGAAUCGCUUACCUGGAAGAUGAAUAUGCUGAUUACAAUUCAGCGGCUGUUUACCUGCCUCACGCAGCUAUUGUUCAGUGGUGCGAUAAUUCCAUCGGAUGUUGCAAAAAGGGCCAUCGCUACGUGUCCACCAAGGAAGAGAAAGUGGCCUUUGACUUUCAGGAAUUCCUGCAUGGCAACAAGACGAAGAAAACAGUUUUAUUGACUAAUCAUUUGCAUUGCGAAUGUCACAGUGUGUGGUAACACGAAUAGCUUUCAAUCCAAUUGUUCGAUCGAAGCCGCACGACACCGGAUGCUUCUAGAUGUCCAUGAAAACAUUUUUAUGCCGAUAAUAUUUUAUGAAUCGAUUGGUUUGCAUCGAAACGCACUUUUCGUUGCCACAAAAAAAAAAAGGUCAUAAACAAGUUUUGAAACCAGCAGUAAUUUUAAAUUGUUUGGAAUAGAUGAAAAAGGCCACAUUGGCUGAAAGUGGCAAAGCUCGCAAAACUGGAAGGUUUACUCGCUACGCACUGAAUUUUCAUCAAUCGAAAAGAGAAACUUUCCACGUCUAAAAUAUAAAAAAAUAUACAUGUUUAAAUAAUCAUUACGUGAAUUCCUGCUACCUUAAAGGCAUCAAACGUCAGUUUCUCCAUUCGCACAAAGAUGGAUGACAGUACAGACACUGGAGGAACAACUACGGGCGAAUUUGUUUUCUAUUCUCAAUAAACAAUUUGUUAUUCAGCUUUUCUUCCUUAACAGCUUUUUUUGCCGAUUCGUCGAAUUUCUAUUUUUAACGGACUUUGUCUGAACGCAAUACACAAGGACAUGGAACUUCC